UAGGUGGUGCUGUGCGCCUCUCUGGGGCAAGUGCACUGACCUCACCUGGUCCAACCACGCCCACGUGAGCCCUGCACGUGUUCCAGAUGGUGCAUGGUAUUGGGAUCAGAAUAUUGGCAAAUAUCUAAAACAAAAUGAAGAAGGUUAUUACAGCAGAGCAGAUAUCGGAGUGGUUCACGUCUGAAACCACAUUUGCCAAUAUCAAACUUACAGAUGAAGUUACUGGAGGAAAACUGCAAGCAAAAGAAAACUGUGAGAAGCAGUCCAAGACCCCAGAGACAGCCCCCAGAGAUUGUCCUACAGAUGGUGAUAAAGAGACUACAGCAACCUCACAAAAAGAGGUGCAAAGUUCCCCCAGAAAAGAGCCCCAGAAAAUUAGCAGGCCACCUACAUUGACCAGCUAUGAGUACCCCAGCCUGCCUGUCACCAAAAACAGACAGAAGCUUAUAUCCCUCAUAGAAAACAGUUCUGUGCUGAUCAUUCAAGGGGCCACAGGUAGCGGUAAAACCACCCAGGUGCCACAGUACAUUUUGGACCACUACAACGAGAAGAAUACCCCAUGCAACAUUGUAGUCACUCAGCCUCGGAAAAUUGGGGCCACAAGCAUUGCCCGAUGGGUGGCUUCACAGAGGAAGUGCACCUUAGGCAGUCUAGUUGGAUAUCAGGUGGGACUAGAGAAGAUGGCCACAGAGCACACUCGUCUGAUCUACAUGACCACUGGAGUGCUGCUCCAAAAGCUGGUUAGAGCAAAGUGUCUGACUGAGUACACCCACAUCUUUGUGGACGAGGUUCACGAGCGCACUGAGGAAAUGGACUUUCUCCUUCUGGUUUUGAGAAAACUCCUCCACUCAAACUCUCGUUAUGUAAAGAUCAUCCUCAUGUCUGCCACUAUCAACUGCAAACAGUUUGCUGAAUACUUUGGCACCCCAGUCCGUGGCAAAAUGAACCCCGCCUGUGUGUUUGAAGUGGAGGGUGCUCCAUAUGCUAUUGAUGAGUUUUAUUUGGAAGACCUCUACCGCCUGUUUCCUUAUAGAAGUGGCCUCUCUCUCAUCACUGAUCCUUUCAUUUCUGUGGAGAUGUACAACAUCGCUAUCAGUCUCAUUCAGAGUUUUGAUGAAGUGGAGGGUAAAGAUUGCAGUCAAGUGGAUUCCAGAGGAACCUCUACAGAGCGAGGCAGCGUGCUGGUUUUUCUCCCUGGAUUUUAUGAGAUAUGUUACAUGCAGGAGGCCUUGUCAAAGUUUGUCCAUAAAAGGCUUCAGGUGUAUCCACUCCACUCCACUGUGACCCUGGAGGAACAGAAUGGGGUGUUUUUGUCCCCUGUACCUGGAUACAGGAAGGUCAUCCUGUCUACAAAUAUCGCAGAGAGUUCAGUCACAGUUCCAGAUGUCAAAUAUGUUAUUGACUUCUGCCUGGCACGUCACCUGGUUUGUGAUCCAGAAACUAAUUAUCAGUCCUUGCAACUAACUUGGGCCUCCAAAACCAACUGUAAUCAGAGAAAAGGCAGAGCUGGCCGAGUGUCAAAAGGAUUCUGCUAUCGCCUGGUGACCCGCGAGUUCUGGAAAAAUGAGAUUCCUGAUUACAUGACUCCAGAGAUAUUGGUUGCCCCCUUGGCCACUAUAUUGUUGAAGGUGAAGCUCCUGGACAUGGGUGAUCCCCGCUCAGUUCUGUCCACAGCUCUCUUGCCCCCAAACCACGACAACAUCGUGAGGACUGUACUGCAGCUUAAGGAGAUGGGAGCACUGUCAACCACCAGUGAGACGUGCUGUCAGAAUGAAGAUGGGGAGCUGACCUUUUUGGGCCGAGUACUGGCUCACCUACCUGUGGACCUGUACCUGGGAAAACUGAUCGUCCUGGGACAUGUCUUUGGAUGUCUGGAAGAAUGUCUCAUCAUCGCUGCCUCACAUUCUAUGAAAAGCUUUUUUGCCAUACCGUCCAUGCAACAACUCGCUGGCCACAGGAGCAAGUUGACUUUUGCACGUGGCACAUUAAGUGAUUCCAUUGCAUUUGUUAACGCCUUCAAGGCCUGGUAUACAGCCAAAAAGAAAGGACAACUCAGACACCCAAAGGAUGAAUUGGACUGGGGAAAGGAGAACUUCAUACAAAUCAAAAGAAUCAGAGAGGUGGCAGAGCUGUUUGAAGAUCUAAAGCAACGUGUGUCACAGUUCAACAUGCACAUCCCUGAGAGCAGCCAGUCCCUGGACUACACCAGCACACACCAGCAGAGGUUCAUUCUACAGGUGGUCAUUGCUGGAGCAUACUACCCCAACUACUUUGUUCAGGGGGAAAUUGAUGAAGACCUUGCUUCAAGAGAGCUGAGUGGCUUUAGCCCCAAAACAACUGUAAUGAUAAGGAAUCUUCCACCAUACAGUUUUCUCUACUACAAGCAGCUGCAGUCCCUCUUUCGCCUGUGUGGCCUAGUCAAAGCCAUUUCCUUUGACAACUCCAGGGCGUAUGUAGAGUUCACCAGGCAUCCCCAGGACUCCGGAGUGCUGCCUGACGUGUCCCUGGCGCUCCUCCUGUGCCAGCAGAGUUCUCCCCUUGAGCUGUCGGUAUACCCUCUUGACCAGAUCGAAAUGUGUGCUGGGCAAAGGAAUAUCACUCACCUCAAAUAUGGACGGGUCAGUGUGGACUUCCAGACUCAAAGCGUGUCCCCAGUGGGGCUCAUAAGUGGUGAAAUGGACCCUGAUAAACUUCCUUCAAACUACAUGUUUGUUGUCAGCAUCACUGAGGUGGUGGAGGUGGGUCACUUCUGGGGGUUCCGUACAGAUGAAGAGAGCCUGGAGAAGCAGCGUCGCAUGACUUCAGAGAUAAACCGCCGUCCUCUCCAGCCAGUUUCCAUGUCUCUCUACUCCAACCUUAUUUGCCUGGCUCCGUACUCUGAGGUCAACGACCAGAGUACAGAGUCUACAUAUUACCGUGCCAAGAUCUUGCACAUCCGUGGAAACACUACAGAGGUGUUCUUCCUAGACUUUGGAAACACAUCGAUGGUUCCUUGCAGAAGUCUCAGGGAGUUGCCCCCUGACCUUCUGUCUGAACCAUUUCAGGCCCAAGAGUUUCAGAUCAUGGGAAUGCGCCCCUCAGCCCAGUCCAUGAUUCAAGGCAAUCCAUGGAGCAGCAGAUCCUGGGAUCGCUUUGUCACUUUGGUGAAGGGCCAUUCCUUAAUUGUGUCACUCUACUCCAUCCUCCAUGGAGUGAUGAGAGUUGAGCUGCUCCUCAGCACGGACACCUUACAGUCCAGUAUCAGAGACAUUCUGGUGCAGGAAGGACAUGCUGAGAAGGCUGAAGAGAGCUUUGAGUCCAAGCUAAAUCACGAGGUGAUGAUGUCUGUGUAUAAAGACAUGGAGGAUGGAACUUAUGUGGGCAACUCCAUGAGUACAUCAUGGCAAGAGCGCAAACAAGAGGAUCAGGAAACGAUUAACAGUCUCCUGGAACACUUCAGCAAAGCCCAUCUGAAUUUCUCGAAGACAAAGGUACAUUUGCAUGGACCAUAUAGCCCCAAUAAGAUCUUUUACAGCAGCCUAAACCACAAGACUUUGUACAAGAGGGUUACUAUUGAGAGGAACAGCAUGAACUCCUUGGCUAUAAAUGAAAAUCCUCACUACAAACACCAGAGGAUGCUGGUUGCUGGAGCAGUGUCUGUCAACUCCACUGGUACUCUUAUUCUUCUGAGAGAAACCACUUUGAUGCCAGACAUCCCUGGUCUGCCUGCCCUCAUCACUAUGCUCUUCACUCCCAUCAUGGAGCUUCGGACCAACGAGGAGCGCACUGCAUACACUGGGGCUCUGUGUGGCCUGGGAUGGGACAAUGACACACAGGACGGCAUCCUCCCAGAACGUGACAUCGAGUUGGCCUUUGAUGUCAAGUUUGAUGUGGAAGAUAUCACAGAAAUCAAUGCUCUCCGGCUGGCAAUAAAUCACCUGGUGUGUGAGGGGCCGAGUGGGACACUUCACCUAAGCCCUGACCGGACAGCUCAGCUCCAAGAUGACUGCAGGGAGCAACUGAUCAGACUAUUCAGUAAAUACCCAGGACGAGAGCAAACCCCUCCAGUGCAUUACAGCCUGAAGGAAAAAUGGAAUCAGGUGGAUCCAUCUCUCAAAAUGGAUAUAGUCCAACCAGGGUCUAAAAAAUCCAGAGGAGUCUUGUUCCAGCUUCAUCCUGUUACACUGUUGAACACCUGAAAGUUUUCAUACUAAAUUUGGAAGAUGUUUGUUGUUUCUAGUUUUGUGUUUUGCUAACUUUAUUUUGUAGUUCUUAAAUAUAUAAUUUAUAGUUUUAUAAUGGAGUAAUUUAAAUAUUUCAUCGUUUCCUGUUGAGCUCAUAUAAAAAUGCCUGCUGGUGAUGAGCAUCUUAUUAAAAGUUGGUUCUAAUUGUU